AUGGCUAGAGCUAAGACAGCACAAACUAUGGUCAAGUUGGUUUCCGCUGCCAAGACCGGUUACGAAAAGUGGUUUUCCAUUAACAGAUCAUCCCAAAAAUUAAAUUUGAUUUUGUAUGAUCCAAGAGCAAAGAGACAUUGUCUUUUCACAGAAGAUAAGAAGAGAAAGGUGCCAGAUAUUGUAGGCAAGGAUUACGCUAGAAGACAUAGAUAA